AUGGCAGAUGACCAGCGGAGGCUUCUAGAGCAGCUUAUGGGCAAAGAGGCGCUCAUAUCGCCGCAAGUCCGCCGGAAAGACAUUGACUUCACCAGCAGCAGAGUGUGCAAAGCAUUUUUGGUGGGGAACUGUCCCCACGAUCUUUUUGCCGGAACAAAACUCAACAUCGGCAAGUGUCCGAUGCUACAUUUGGAAAAGCACAAGCUCGAGUACGAGUACCGCACCAAGCAGAAAGGCGAGAAGUUUCCCAACAUAGAGUACGAGUACUACACCACCUUGCAAAAGUACAUUAGCGAGAUAGACUUCACCAUAGCCACGGCACUUCGACGGUUGGAGCACACGCCGGAAGAAAAAGCCAAGAUCGCCGAGGUGACCAAAGAGUUGGAUGCGCUCGACACAAAAAUCGGCCUCAUGACGCAGGAGAUCCAGUACUUGGGCAAGUGCAACGAGAUCCAAAAGGCUUUGGAGCAGAAUGUGCAAUUGGAGUCGCUCAUGGCAGAAAGAGAGGUUCUUGCCGAGAAAGCGCAAACCAUCACGGAAAACAUAGGCCAGUUCUCGCAGCAAAAGUUGCAGGUGUGUGAGGUUUGUGGCGCCUACUUGUCUCGGUUGGACAGCGACCGGAGAUUGGCAGACCACUUCAUUGGCAAAAUCCAUUUGGGCUACGUCCAGAUGCGAGUCUCCUAUGAAGAGUAUAAGAAAAAAUAUAGUACAUGA